AGGACAGCGUCCGAACGCCGACACCGCUCGGGGCUAGAGCGCGCGCCGGCCGCCGUUACACAACGCGAGCUGCGUCUGCGCCCGCGCCCGCCAGCGGAAGUGCGAAAACACCACGCAGUGCGUCGCCGCGACCGGCCGCCUCGCAGAUAAGUACUCUCGUCGCACAAUUUUUUUUUUCUACUUGCGUACGUGUCGCUCUGGUGUGCGUGCGCUCGUCUCGCGUGCUGCGGUGUGUCCGUCACGACGGCGGUCUUCACCGUAAGUGGAGCACAGUAGUGGAGCGAGUGCGGCGACGACUCUAGCGCCGCGGGCGCCCGCGCGCUGACAUACACACCGACGCGCUCACACACGUGCACACAGACACACGCGGGUGCGCAAAAACGUGCGAGAGUGCUGGCGCCUGACGGACGUGGGAGCUUCGCGCAGCUGACUGCAAAAGCGCGUGGAAUGCCACGCACAUCGCCGUGCGCGCGCGAGUAACGCGCUGUGUGGAAUGAACAGGUGUGAAAACACUUUUUCCAAGGUUCUUAAAGCCUGUGUGGUGUGCAGUACCGCGGUUUGACAGUGAAGAAUAAUGUAAUGAACUGUUACGCCUAGGCGUUAUCUAACUUUCUGAUCAGUGACACUUCGUCCUUCGUGUCGAGCAACGCAAAUGUUUUGUAUGGUUUGAAAUGAACACUGUGGUGGCAUCCAGCUCAAAGUGCGUGUGGCACUCUAUUAUGGUACUCUUUUUUAGAGUAUUCAGCACCUGUUGACAAAUGUGGUGUGGCACGAGUUGGCUUACGUCCUUACGAAUUUCUACCUGAACUGUCGUGCAAGGUAUGUAGAAAUGUGGAAAGUGCCUUAUAGGAUUGUCUGGAUGUUUCAGCUGUGCUGGGUACUAAGGGGUGCUUUCCCAGCGAGUACACAGUGAACUGUACUAGAUGUGUGACGUUUAGUAAUCUUGUGACGAGAUACAGUCACCGUUACAUCAGAGAGCGCAGAAAGGAAUGUGAUGCGUUUCCCGAUUCUGCCAGCGGCCAUCGGGGCGGAAGACAGUGACAGGCGCCGGAAGAGAGAGAAUGCCGGUGGGAGUUCCUCCGUGGCGAAGAGGUCGCGGAAGAGUCGCGCGGCGACGGUGUGGCCCCCUCACGACGCCGACGUAGACGACGACGACCCGGCGGCCAUCGACGCGACGAUGAGCCCUCUGGACGACUGCGCCGACAGCAGCAGCUCCUGCGACAUCGUCGGCGUCGGCAUGCUGGGCGCCAAGAGGCAGGGGGCGCCGUCGUCGCCCCUGACUGGCGACGAUGACGAGGACGACGACGACAGCAAGCAGCCGGUCGACAGCUUCUCGUCGCUCAUGGACGAGGAGGACGCCGGCGCCGCCGGGCACGGUGGCGCCGCCAACGGGCCGGGCGCCGACGACCUGGGCUCCGACGGCGUCGUCGAUCCUGACGACGCGGAGGACCGGCUGACGGGGCACGGGGCGAUCGCGUCCAUCGGCUCGGUGGCGGCGGGCACGGGCGGCUCGUCGCCGUUCAGUGCGUCGCACCACCACCAUCACCACCACCACCACCGCGGCUCGGGGGCGGGCUCGGGCGGCGCCGGGGGCGGCGCGGGCGGCGCGGGCGGCGGCAUGACGCCCACGUCGCACCACCACGCCGCCGCCGCCGCCGCCGUAAGUCGCUGCCUUCCAAACUCUCCACCUUCUCCAGCAUCUCACUUCCAGAACCUUCCUUCCGCGGACCUUUCGUAG